UACGGUUGGAAAGCUCUUACCUGAACGUUAAUCCUUCUCCACCAAGAAUAGUAGAGGUGAGCCCUCCUAAACAGUGGAGCCAGCUUAGUUUCCACAGUCGGCAGCUAAUCGGUCUCUAGCCAGGUCUACCAAUAGAGAUGUCGGACGACCAACCUCCAUCAAACAAGCGAACUCCCCUCCCAACUCCUCCUCAUCAACUCCCACAUCAAGAUGGUGCGGCUCACCAAUCCGAUUACAAUGCCUCACCUCCAGCGUAUAGCCCAUUGCCCUCAAUAGAUUCUGUACCCGCCGGGCCCUUAGUUGGACCUCAUCACCACAGCUCAGCAGAUGGCUAUCCAGAAUUUAUCUCUGAGCUUGAAGGGGACCUACCUUCCUCGCCCCCUCCAGCGUUUCCAGAAAUAUACGGGGAACUUGAUAUAGAACAGGAGGAGAUGGAGACGAAUGCGAAGAUUGCUGGUUAGUUACCCCCCUGGUCUAGACUUGCCUCUCCCCUCUAACCUUAUGGCUCUUUGGCUGACAACGUUUACACCUAGAUGAUGGCCGGAUCAACAUUAACAUCAAUCAGAGGACUGCAACUAUGUCUUCACUUCUGGCUCCAGCAAUGAGGGGGCAACUGGCGUUGGCGGAGGAAGCAAAGGAUCGCGCGCGGCAUGGAAAACCGAUCGAUUCGCCGGUUCCCGGUUUUGAUGUUCCUGAAUUCGCCAAGAAUGUGCCACCGUUGAAUAUACUCAUACAAAUAAUUGGGAGCAGGGGAGAUGUGCAGCCCUUUAUUGCUCUAGGUCAAGUAUUGAAAGAUCAGUACAAACACAGGGUUAGGGUUGCUACACACCCAACAUUCAAAGAGUUUGUUGAGGAAAAUGGCCUGGAGUUCUUUUCCCUAAGCGGUGAUCCCUCAGAACUUGUAAGUUUAGGCCGUGCUUUCCUUACCCCACACCCCACGAGCGAUAUGCGACGACUUUGUGUGAAUUGGUACUAACUUUUAUCAAGAUGGCAUUCAUGGUAAAAAAUCCCGGAUUAAUGCCCGGUUUCGACAGCCUAAGGAACGGGGAUGUGACCAAGAGAAGGAAGGCAAUGUGGGAUGUUCUCGUGGGUGGUUGGAGAGCUUGUGAGUAUCUCGCGUGUGGCCCACCUUCAACGGCUGCCCAUGUGUUUUAGAGACUGAAACCCGAUGUCUUAGGUAUUGAGCCUGGUGACGGAACUUCGUAUUCCCUCGACUCGGCUUCUAGUAGAGCGAAACCAUUUGUUGCAGACGCUAUCAUUGCUAACCCUCCAAGCUUUGGGCAUAUCCAUUGCGCUGAAAAACUAGGAGUACCAUUGCACCUAAUGUUUACGUACGUAUUUGGAAUGGGAAAAAUAGUAAUAACCUUAACCAUAACACACCAUCUACUAACCUUUUCUUAGAAUGCCUUGGUCACCAACCACUGCUUUUCCCCACCCAUUAGCAAAUAUCCAAAGCUCUAACGCCGAGGGCGCGGUAACCAAUUUUCUUAGUUACAUACUCGUAGAGAUGAUGACCUGGCAAGGGUUAGCCUUAUCCUUUUCCUAGGAGUGAUCCACACUGACGAGGUGAGUAGUCUAGGUGAUCUGGUGAACAAAUUCCGCGCAAGGAAGUUGGGCUUAGAUCCAGUCAGCACUGUGUGGGCUCCAGGGAUGAUCGCUAGACUUAAAGUCCCGCAUACAUAUUGCUGGUCUCCAGCUCUUAUCCCCAAACCACUAGAUUGGCCUCAACAUAUCUCUAUCAGCGGCUUCUUUUUCCUCUCUUUGGCAUCCUCCUACAUACCCCCACCAGAUCUUGCCAACUUUCUAGCAUCAGGCCCGCCCCCGGUUUACAUUGGAUUCGGGUCGAUCGUGGUCGAUGAUCCAAAUGCUUUAACAGACAUGAUAUUCGCUGCUGUGCGCAAAACUGGGGUCCGCGCUCUGGUGUCUAAGGGGUGGGGGGGGCUUGGAGGCGAACAGUUAGAUCUGCCACCAGGAGUCAUGAUGCUGGGAAAUUGCCCGCACGAUUGGUUAUUCCCGCGCUGCUCGGCAGUUGUUCAUCAUGGGGGAGCUGGCACCACCGCGGCUGGUGUAAGGUGUGGUAAACCUACCGUUAUCGUUCCAUUCUUUGGUGACCAACCCUUUUGGGGGAGCAUGGUCGCAAAGGCUGGCGCGGGGCCUGAGCCAACACCCUUCAAACAUCUAACGGCGGACAUACUAGCGGAUAGUGUAUCAAUGGCUUUAAGUCCCCAAACACGAGAGCGAGCGGAGGAACUCGGUACCAGAAUUAGAGAUGAAAUGGGCACUGAAGCAGGAGCAAGGUCUUUCUUAAGUUUACUAGGCGGACAGCCCGGUGAGGGAGGGAUCUACAGAUGUAUGGUCGACAACGCGAAGGUCGCAACCUGGAAAGUCAAAGCUACGGAUGUUCUGCUCAGUUCUUACGUGGCCAGUAUAUUGGUGAAGAAUGGGAAAAUAGAGGAUGGAUGGAAUGGCUUGAAACUCUGCAGGCACAAAGAUUGGAAUACAGAUACUGGUCCUUUUGAGCCAAUAAGUGGUGCUACCGGUGCACUAGUUGGUACUCUUGGGAGCGUCAUGAUGGGCAUUGGAGAUUUCCCCAAGGGCGUUUUCAAACAAUUUCGGAAAGCGAAACCCAAAAAUGACUCGCAUACAGAGGAAAUUCCCAGCCCACCAAGUGGUCUAUACUCCGGAAACGAAAAGGCCAGUAGGAGUGACAUCUCCUUCGCAGCUAGUUCUACCGCAACGGCAGAAAGUGUGAAAGAUUCUGGUAAAAAGCUCACUUCUGGAGGAUCGGGCCAGAGUGAGACGGGGCUCAUGGAUCGUGACACCGCUAUUGGGGCAAGCAAGAGUGUUAGUAGCAUAGUGGAAGCUGGGUUGAAAUGUAAGCCAAUUGAGGCCCACAAAAAUACCGAGUUCGAGGUCAUACUGACCAGAGGCAUUUUUAGCGCCCAUGGAUUUUACGCUUAGUCUUGCUCAAGGCUUCCACAAUGCCCCGAAAUUAUAUGGCGAUAAUACUGUAAGGUCCCUAGACAAAGUGACGGGGUUUCAUAGCGGCUUGAAAGCGGCCGGAAAGGGACUGGGGCUUGGUCUCUACGAUGGCGUUUCCGGUAUUGUCACCCAACCCAUUCAAGGGGCUAGGGAGAAGGGGGCUAUAGGAUUUUUCAAAGGAUUUGGGAAGGGUAUUGGCGGAAUCGUAUUAAAAGGCGGAGCUGGUACUUUCCCUCGUCUUGCCCAAUUACAGCUAUGUCCGAGAUACUGACCCACUCUUAUGGUAGCCUUCUGGGGAGUUCCCGCAUAUACGAUGAAAGGCAUUCAUAGAGAGAUACAGAAGCUUCAGGUAUCGGACGUGGAUAAAUUCAUCAUCGGGUCAAGAAUUGCUAUUGCAGAGGCAGAAUUCCAACAAUCCAGUCCGCAAUUACAACGGCAGAUAAUUGACAGGUGGAAUGAAUUAGGUCUUGAUAAGUUCAAGAGAGCGAGUAACAAAAAAAUCAGUUCUACUAGCUUUCUUUCUCACUCCCAAAAACCGAAAGGCAAAGGAAGAGAGCCACCAGAAGUUGAAAGUACCCCACAAAACACUGCCACACAUACCGGCAAUUUUGACGAUGAAGAGCUUGAAAAAGCAAUUAAGGAAUCAGUCAAAAUAACCUCAAAUGGCGAUCCUAGAGAGGAUGAAAUGGUUGAAAAAGCGAUCCGUGCUAGCAUUGCCGAGCUACAGGAAGGGGGGGUUUCUGUGCAUGAGACAGUUGGCGACAACUCCGAAGAAUCCGAGGAGGAAGCCUAUCAUAGGGUUGUCACAGCAUCGGCGACUGAAGCAGGAAGAAACAAUGGAGCAGAUGUCCCAAACGACCCAAUUCUGGAAGAAGCAUUGCGAAAUAGUCUGUUAGAGGGAGGUCCGGGUCACAACACACAGCUGGAUACGCAGGAUGAAGAGCUAGAAAGAGCUCUUAGAGAGAGUAUAAGGGAUGAAAACAUGGCGGUAAGGGAGUACCCCGAUACACAAGAUGGUGCUGGCGACCCUGAAUUGCAAAGGGCAAUCGAGGAAAGCAAGCGAUUAGAGGUCGAGAGAGAGUUGAGAAGGAAGACAGAGGAGGAGGUUAUCAUGGAGUAUGUGAAGAAAGCUAGUUUGGAGGAGCAGGAGUACGAACGGAAGAAUAAGCGGAGAAGCUGGGUAGAUGAGGCGGGGCCUUCUACACGCUGAUCCAGCGUUGGUGUAGGGAGAGGGGGGGCAUGGGUAUAACUGGUGAUAUCUUUGGUGAACUGUCUUGAUAUUUGUUUCUAUAGUAUUAUCCCAUUUGCACUAAUAUGGUUCCCUGUUUUAAGCACUCUUAUUCCCUCUUCUCGCUUUUCCCUUUUCUCAAUAACCACGAAAUUCCACCCUCCCUUGACCACCGCCAAAUCUAACCCAGGAGGCGAGAAUUAUUCUUUUAUGAUAGCACUUUUCUUUUUUAUAACUAUUAUCGUGCUAGACACUCGACAGAACCAGGGAAACCAAAUCAGCCGUUCUUCGCAACGCCGGCAUAUAGCCCGCUCCUCCAAGAAAACAAAUAUAUCCGCCGUACUCGAAUAAACCGGACCUCCGAGCUUACAUGGAUUUGAGUCUAGUGGUCAAUCCCAGUGCUCAGUUCCCCAGGAGGUUACCCCGUGGUGCCCCAGCCGCUUCAAGAACCUCCGGAACACCUUCCUCUAACUAUAGUCAAAGCAUCUUGUCAGCAGACGAUGGUCCAUCUUCUCCUCAUCUAGAUCAAUAUGAGAAGUUGAAAGAAAUAUCCUUGGUUCCUUUCUGGGCUAGUCCUAUCCUUGUCUCACCUAGCAACAACC